ACGUGUGUCUACGUCAUAACUGUGCUGCGACUGAACUGCGCUAUUGCUUGAAAUAAUCGCGAAGGUCUUGUUUUUAUUUUUGAUACGUCUCUUUACAAAAAGUAAUCAUGUCGACCGCAAUGAACUUUAGCAGUAAGUCUUUUCGGCCCCGUGCUCCAGACAAAGGAUCCUUCCCUCUGGAUCAUUUCGGAGAGUGUAAAGCAUUCAAAGAGAAAUUCAUGAAGUGCUUGAAAGACAACAGCUAUGAUAACUCCUUGUGUCGAGUACAGUCCAAAGACUACCUUGAAUGCCGGAUGGAUAAUCAGCUGAUGGCCAAGGAACCUCUGGAGAAGCUAGGGUUCAAAGACCUGAUGGACAAACCCAGCCAGGAGAACGAGGCUAAACCAUAAACUUUCCUUCCUACACAGAUGGAUGCUGUCAUGCUUGAGUGAUAUUAGACACGACGAUAGCUUCUCUCGUCCACGUCUUGUAUAUAAAAUUACAAUGUAAUAUAUUGGGGGCAGUGUUUCAAGUGUUGUGUGUGUGUGUGUAUAUAAAUAUUUUUUGGUAAAUGAA